AUGUUACCAGCUGCUUCUACUUUGUCAGUUAAAAUCCCUGACGACUGUUCAAUUUGUUUAAGCGCUUUAGCACCUGGUUUACCCCUUCUCACAUUGUCAUGUGAUCAUAAAUUCCAUUUACAAUGUCUUGCAUUGAAUUUGAAAGCAGAACAUAAGCAGUGUCCACUGUGUCGAGUCACAAUCGACACAACUGUAAUUCAAAUGUUGACUGGUGUCAAUGGUAAUACAGUACCGUUAGAGCAGCAAAACUUGAUGGGUCAAUACGGAGCAGAUUCUGUUGUAAAUGAUCAACACUAUCAAAGAUCUUUAUCAUCUGUCAACGUUGUUGCUUCAGUUGAAGAUCCAAUUGAUGAGAUUGCCGUACAAGAAUUCUCCGAUCGUGUUUCUUCGGCUCGACAAGCUAAUAUCUUACCAAAUGUUACCACUCUUCCUAUGAUCACUGUCUCGACCACGUUAGAAUUUGACGGUCAAUUAUCUUAUCAGGAAUCGAAUAUUUAUGGACUUGUUACUCUCAAAGCACCUUCAAUCAGUUUCUUGUCAGGAGAUAGAUAGAUAGCCAAUACUGGUAUACCAGUUUAGGCGAUGAACAAAAGGAAGUUAAAAUACUAAAAAGAAAACUGAAAAAUACAAGGACAAGAGGACAAAACACAAACAUAAAACACAAAAAAGGACUAAGACGAUGACAAGGACAUUUACAUAUAUAUACAAGACAAAACAUAAGACAACACACUACAUAUAAAUAAGUAACAAACCAGAGUAACUUGGAAUCAUAGAUUAGAAAGACGUGUCUCUAGAAGAAUAGAUUGUUGCGACGAACAUCAGUCUGUCACCUCCGAACCACAAGCGGAUCCGGUUUCGGUGACAGUCAUCAUAAAAUACAACAAUCUAAACUCAGAUUUCGGAUCUUUAAAUCUGAACUUGUUGUUCAAUCAACCAUGUUUUUGCGCAUGCUUUGACAUGCAUUGUUGCACCUUGUGCUUUUAGUAUUUUCCGGCACAUACUAUUUGGACAUACAUAUUUGUUUUUAUCUUUUUUUAUUAAUAGAUCUAUUAUUUUUAUAUUUUUUGUGGUAGUGUUCUUGUUUGUUGUUGAUGCUGUCGUUAGUUGAUGCAUCUCAUUUGUUUUGGUAUCAGUUGAUGCCUUCGUUGACUGUUUUUGUAUGCAUACUCGUUUAUGUAUGUUCAUACC